UAAAAAUCACUUAAUUUCCGUCUGCUGUUUUCAAAAUAGCCAAUUGUUGCAAAAUCGACAGUUAGAUGGUCUGACGUUGUUUCAGUUUUUCUAUUGUGCAAAAAAAACGAACAGCAUACGAAAAACGUUUUCGACAGCUGCUGACUAACUUUUUUUUUCGCCGUGCUUUUCUUUUUCUUGACGUAGGUAAGUGAUUAAAACUUAUAAGCUUUAAAUGGAUGAAUUCAUCAUUCAUUCAGCUUUAAUUUGCUUACAUUAAAAUUUUUAUUGACUUUUUGCAAACAUUUUAUAAAUAAUAAAUAGUAGAGCAACCCCAUAUAGGGGUAAAUUGGCUCUUUUCUGAAGGGGUUAGUUGGCUCAUGUUGUGUCAGUGUGAUGAAACUUGACAUUUUGUUUUUUCCAACUUUAACAUAGGAAAUGAGGACUUAUAUUCGCAAAAAAAAGCCAUGCUUGAGCAUCUCCUGAACUUAUUCGAAUGGCCAUUAAUUUGGUAAAAGAAGAUAACAGAAAAAUCUCUGACAUAUCUAAGGCACUGAGUAUUCCAAGAAGAUCUUUGACUCGUUAUAUAAAAACUGGAGAAGAACAGCCAUUAGUUGGCUACAGCAAGUCACGCAAGGUCUUUUCAUCUGCGCAUGAGAAUGACUUGGAAGAAUACCUUCACCAAUCAGCUGAUAUCUACUAUGGGCUCUCUCCGAAGGAAGUCAGAAAGAUGGCCUGGCAUUAUGCCUCCAUGUUGGAGCUAAAUUUUCCUGAAACGUGGAAUACCAAUAAAGAGGCUGGAGUGGAUUGGUUCGGUGGGUUCCUCAAGCGACACCCAACUCUCUCCAUUAGGAAGCCUGAAGCAACUUCCCUGGCACGGACAUCUGCUUUUAACCAACAUAAUGUUGAUCUCUUUUUUGAUAACUUGUCAAAGUUGCUGGAUCGUGAAAAGAUCAGACCACACUGUAUCUGGAACAUGGAUGAGACCGGUGUGACAACUGUCAUUCCAUGUGAGAAAAUUGUUGCCCGACGUGGACAAAAGCAAGUUGGAGCGGUAGUUUCAGCAGAGAGAGGAGUGCUUGUCACAUUGGCUUGUGCCGUUUCAGCUACUGGAAAUUCUAUUCCCCCAUUUUUCAUAUUCCCUAGGGCAAACUUCAAGCCUCACAUGCUAAAUGGAGCCCCCCUUGGCAGUAAAGGAACGGCGAAUAAGUCCGGAUGGAUGUUGGAAUCAACCUUUAAUGAUUUUAUGGACCAUUUCAUCUCUUCCGUUCGUCCAUCAAAGGAUCAUCCUGUCCUUCUCUUACUGGAUAAUCAUUCGUCACACCUGUCUCUGGCCGCGUUGGAUUUAGCUAAGAAGAAUUCCGUACAUCUCCUCUCUUUCCCUGCGCAUUGUUCGCACAAGCUCCAGCCACUGGACGUGUCCGUCUACGGACCGUUGAAGAAGUAUAAUACUGCUGCCCAAGCUACCUGGAUGCGAAAUAAUCCUGGUCGUACGAUGACCAUUUACGACAUCCCCGGAAUUAUCAACAGUUCGUUUCCUCUCGCUUUUACUCCGUCCAACAUUAUUGCAGGCUUUCAGAAAUCAGGGAUUAGUCCAUUUGACCGAGAUGGAUUUCAUGCUCUUGCCGACUACGCUCCAGGUUAUGUGACCGACCGGGUAGAACCAGCCGAAGAAGUGCUGAUGCAAAUUCCAUUGCCGGAUGAAAACAUCCCGUUCACUUUUCCUUUUGAUGAGAAUGAUGAUGCAAAUUUUGACAACAUUGACAUUGAUGAAGCCCAAAUUGUCUCAGAAGCUGUGCCAUCUCCCCCAGUUCCGCGACAAAAAUCUCCUCUGCAAGAAUUGCUGCCACUACCCAAAGCUGGACCAAGAAAGCAAACCAAAAACAAUGGCCGUCGUAAAAGAACAACCGCUAUUUUGACCGACACUCCGGUUAAAGCAGUCAUCGAAGCAGAGAAGAUGGCUGUAAAGAGCAAAGCUGCUAGAAAGAUGUUUCCGGAUCAACCUGGUUCCUCCAAAAAGAAGCGGAUGCCGAAAAAAAAGCAAGGCGAGCAGUUAAAAUCAAAGAAAUUUAAAAAUAAAGACGAACUGUGCAUUGAGUGUGGCGCUGAUUAUUAUUCCAGCAGUGUUGGUUGGAUACAAUGCACUGGAAUGUGCUCUCUAUGGUCAUGUGAAACAUGUGCAGAAAAUGCUGAUGACUACAUGUGUGUUUCCUGUGCUAGUGGCCUAUGAAAUAUAUUGGAGCCAACUGGCCCCGUUGGCAUGGGCAACCUGCCCCCGGGAUGGGGUAAGUUGCCCAUUUAGGGGUGUCCCAAUAAAAUAUUUUUUCAAUCAU